CUUGGAAAAUUGUUUUUUUCCGGAAGUUGCUCAUUUCGAGAUCAUUUAAGGCUACCCGACUGUCGACGCACUAUUAAGCACCGUGUGAAGAUCAUUUCUUCCAAAAAUUUGAAGAUGAUAGAUCUAAUGGCUGCUUUUCCUCGGGAGCACCGAAUAAAAGGCUUAAUCUUUGAAUAUCCCUCGUUGGUGCUUGCUAUCGUCGUUUCAUACAUCGCCUUCGUUACGAAAAUAGGCCCUGAGUAUAUGAAAUACCGCAAGCCUUACAAUGUACGGAAUUAUGCACGAAUCUUUAACGUAUUUCAGAUCGCGGCUAAUGUAUGGUAUACAUACAACGCGAUAAUGAUUACUUACCGUUACUGGGGUACUGGCCGAUUUAAUGUCUUUUGCACUCCGCCUACAACAGAGCAACCAGAUCUUGACAUCCCUGGCGAUACUGAGUACUUUGCAUUCUUCUCCGUGGUUUACUUUUAUGUGCGUAUAAUAGAUCUACUCGACACCGUAAUGUUUGUCCUAUCUAAGAAGUUAUCCCAUGUCACGUUUCUGCACGUCUACCAUCACGUCAUCGUCAUAACGACAGUUUAUCUCUUCAUGCGGUCCGGUUGGGGGCACACGUUGUUCUACCUCUCGAUAUUGAAUGCUAUAGCUCACAGCGUGAUGUGCACGUACUCUUUCCUGUCAACGUUCCCUCAAAUGAAGCCCCUUCUUUCGUGGAAACGUUAUCUUACGACGAUGCAGAUCGGUCAAUUUAUUAUUAUGAUUCUUUACAUGAUCACCAUCGCGCCAAUCAGAUGUGGUAUCUCGCCUUUGAUUUGGUACUAUACUUUAGGACACUUUGUAUUGUUUAUCUUCCUGUUCGGCCGCUACUAUGGAAAACAUUACCAAGGGGCUACGAAAGCGCUGGUGACAAUGUUACCGCCUCCGCCCGCUCUUAUACUGAAUGCCAGCGGUACGGCACUGCGAGGUCCGCAGGAUUACUGGGUAAUUAAGGAAAAUUAAAAACGAUGAUUAAAAAAAGUUGAUAAACAAACUAACCUUGUAAUACAGCUUAAGAGAGUUAAUAGAGCUUGCCAAUAAAUGUAACUGUACUAAUAUAUACGUUUCGUUUAAUUUAAACUAUAAAAUCCUAGGUAUGAUCAUAAAUAAUCGUCGUUUUUGUCUAUGGUUGCUAUUCUUCGUUCCGUUAAAAAUACAAUGGUGUCCGUUGCUGAAAACCUUUCUUUUGUAUAGGUUACAAAUUUUUAUCUUCGGUUCAGACUCUAGAAAAUAGCACCUUAAUGAUUCAUGGUCGUCUUUCAUCGGGGUAAAACGCUGUUCAAUAUGAAAAUGGUUUGCCCAGUGCAACUGCUUCGCUUUAAAUUACAGCCGUACUCUAUUCGACAUCUCGGAGUUGGCAAGGAUUGUUGUCAGCGUCUUUCAAUGAAAGCCCUUUAACAUUUUUAUAUGACAUAACAUAGUUUUUACCUAUGGAAUAUCGAGUGCGAGAUUAAUUAUUUGGGCUAAUUCUGUAGCGUUUCAGCAACACCUGGAAGCCGCCGCUACGAAAUAAUUUUUCCUUUGUCCGAUAUAGAUUCAUUUUGAUGUCUGAGCCCAAAUUGAGAGCUUUUGGAACGAAAGAAAAAGUUUUCUAAGGCAUGUAAUACUUGUAAACAAAAGAUCAGAA